AUGAAAACAUAUUUGAAUUUGGUGGUUCUGCUGUCUCUCUGCAGCCUCUCCUUGGGUCAAGACUGUAGUCCACAGCUUUUGGAGAAUAUGGAUUUCCCGGGAAAUGACAUCAAAUUGGUCUACUCUCCUGAUACUGACCACUGUCAGCAGCUUUGCACCCAGCACCCCUCCUGUCUCUUCUUUACCUUUAUCCGGGCUGACUGGACCAAAGAUAACAGGCACUUCUACUGCUACCUCAAGACCACUUCCUCUGGACAGCCCAAUGUGAAACUUCAACUACAGGGUGCCACCUCAGGAUUUUCUCUCAAAGCCUGCGCCCCAGAACCACAGCUUUGUCUGCCUAAGGUGUACAACAACGUGGACUUCCCUGGGGCAGACUACCGGUCUUUGUUCACAGCAGACCAUGAGGAGUGCCAGAGAGCCUGCACUCAGGACCCUGGCUGUCAGUUCUUUACUUUUUAUAAUGAGUUCAUCACAGCAGAGAAGUCCAGGUACAAGUGCCACCUAAAAUUCAGCUGGUCAAUACCUGUGACUCCCAUUGUCAAAAAAAAGACUGGUGUCGUAUCUGGAUUCUCCAACAAAAUUCUAGUAACUCAACAGUCUGAACCAGCAUGUGAGAGCAAGGUUUUUCCAAACACUGGCACACUGGGAAAUGAGGUCAUGUUUAUUUCUGCUGCCUCUCCUGGACACUGUCAGGCAUUGUGUUCUGAUCAUCCAUCCUGCACCUUCUUCUCUUUUGUCAGUCGUGAAUUCAGUUGUAACCUGAAGAACAACAACAAUGAAAUGGUGACCAUGGCUAAAGAAGGAACCACUUCUGGGUUACCAUCACGCUUCUGUCAGGAUGACAACUGGGUUAAGGUGGAUCACGAUGGAGUCGAUUUCUACGGGUCUGACAUUCGCUCUGAGCGGGUGAAGGACGCAGAUGCAUGUCAGAGGAAAUGUAAUGAGGAUCUUUCCUGCCAGUUCUACAGCUAUACCAAUGAAAACUUCUUUGAUCAUUUGUUCAGUGGUCGCUGCUAUCACAAGCGGGCCAUCACCAUGCCUGCUCCUCCUAAAGUUACCAAACUGGCCAAUGUUGUAUCAGGCUUCCAACUGAGGAACUGUGUUGACCCUGUGCAGCGGAUUAGUCGCUCGGGAAGCCGGCUGGAGUAUUCGCUCGGGAAGCCAACUGAGCCGCUCGGGAUGCCGGGCAGGAGGCCGGGACUGGGGGCCGGACUGGGGGCCGGAGGAGCCGCUCAGGACACCGGCGGAGCCGCUCAGGAGACCGAGCACUGGGGUCUCGAUAGUCGGGGGAACACGGGGAUCUCGAGCGUCAACAGGGACAUGGGGGUCUCGGGAAUCGCAGGGACUGGGCCAGAUAGUCCGGUGCCUCAGGAUCUCCAAUGUAGCGCUCCAGGGUCCCCACCCAGGGAUUCUGUGCACCUCGUGAUGCUGGAGGACGCCCUCAAUCUUUUCGGGCGAGACUGGUAA